CAAUCAUCAAUGGAGUAUGCUAUCUAGCAACAUUUGUUUUCGGUAUCAACACGGUCGGACUUCUCCUUUACUCUGGUCAGCUAGCCUUCAGUGAAGAGUCUGAUGAAGCCAUGCAGGCCGGCCACAACAGAGCUCGCUAAUAGAGACAGAACACACCAAAGGUGAUUUCUUUGUGUGGUUUCAGUAGGUGUCAUUGCUCUCAUUCUGUAUAAGUUCACGACUACUAUUGAGUCAGAGCUCAAUCGUCAGACUAUUUUCGAUAACUUCUCAGUUAGUUACUAUUGAUAUCUGAAAACUUUAAUGCCAUUAACGGUGAAGUUCACUUAUGGAUUCUAGAAGAUUCCAAUAAACAAGAAUGGUUAAAAGUUUCAAUUGAUGUUCCUUCUUGGAUAGAUUUAAUUGACAUUCAUCAUGGAUACAGAUGCAGGGGUACACUUUGUACUGGCGAGCUUAUAUUUGCACCUAGGACCCUUCCCAUUAACCCAUUCUAUUUCAUCAGUUAAAAUCUCAAGGAAAACAUCGCCAAGAAAGUUGUGGUUGAAGAACUUGGAGACCCCUAUGCUUCACGCGAAGUCUAUUUUGAUCAUGUAGAUAGUCUUAUAUUCUGUCAAAUGUAAGUUAACCCUUGGUGUUGCCUUUCAUUUUGAUCAUGUGUUGGACCUGGCUGUUUUACAUUUGAUUUUCUUAUUUGCUUUACAUUUGAACAAAAACAAUAUCUUAAAGAAUGGGUCAAUUGACUAUUUGAAGAAUGAGACAGAAUGUUACAUGAUGAUGUCCGACUUGUAGAAGAGUUUUGUAAUUACAGUGAAAUGAUAUCUUUGACGAGUCAGUCCGAUAACAACUAACAAUGUACAAUCAUUUUGGUUGGAAUGAUUACUUUGUUCCCAUUCAAUUGUUCUAACAUCUUUUUUUGCUCGAGCUAUUAAACUCAAUACGCAAGAGCCUUGUGAUGAAACUUGAAAUAUAUAGUAGUAUAUACAAGAUAGUUCUUGAUUAAAGUGACUUCAGUUUCCACUUGUGACUCACCUUCUUUAAGGCUAUUUUAGCAACCAUCUUUAAAUUUUGUCCUAAAGAGUUUCUUUUCACAAAAAAACGUCUUUUCUGUUAGCGUUUUUUUUUAUAAAGAGAUGUUCACCUUGCAAAUUCACAAAUAUAAACACCACAUCGCUUGAACAUAAAAAAAAACACCACAUCGCAAAGAAAUACUUGAAUACAGAGGGAGGAAUUGGAAUGGUCGUGGAAAGUGAGGGUUUUAUUUGCAAAUCUCCUAACUCUCUACUUUUACAUUUUUCAGGUAUUUAAAACUCUAUUAAAUACUGCCACUAAAGAUGGCUUAAGGAUUUCCAUUCACAUAAUAAGCAAGAGGCGUUUCCAGCUGCAUUCUCCAAAAUGUGAUACAAAUCUAUAAAAUAUUAACACAUCAAGGAAUUGGUAUUGUCAGCAUUCAAAUCUAAAUAUACAUUAACAACCGGUGGUAGUCUAGUGGUAAAAAAAGAGUUUGAGAUGAGAUAUACAGUCGUCGGUUGUAGAUUUCAUUUCUGUUAGAAACUAAAUUAUCAUUUGAUUAGCCAUGUAAAAUUAAACUUUGUUUGCCUCAUUUAGAAAGAAAAAAAAACAAGUUUUAAUUACUAGUCGGUUUCGAUCUUUAAAAGAUUAUAUGGGUCUCGGUCCAUACAUUUUUUAAACUUUGUUUGCCUCAUUUAGAAGAAAAAAAUAAGUUUUAAUUACUAGUCAGUUUCGAUCUUUAAAGGAUUAUUAUAUGGGUCUCGGCCCAUACAUUUUUUAAAUUUUGUUUGUUUCGUUUAGAAAAACAGAUUCGAAUUAAUAGUCGGCUUGGAUCUUCAGAGAAAUGUUUGGAUCUCGGCCCAGACAUCUACAAGUAUAUAAAAAGAUAUAUCUAGGUUAAAGGAAGAUAUUAGGGUUAAGAGCCAAAAGAAUCAAACUGUGAGAGGCAGAGUUGAAAACAGUCAUGGAAAUGGUCAAGAGGUCUAAGAAACAAGACGAAAUUAAUGUAAACGAUCCGUUUAUGACGCUUCAAAAUGACAUGAACGUAGAGAUUCUCAUGAAACUGCCGCCGGGAUCCAUAGCCAGGCUCCAUUUCGCUUCUAAACACUUGUCAUCGAUAAUCCUCGGCAAAGAGUUCACCGAGUUGUACAAGACUCGAUCUUCGACUCAGCCGCGUCAUCUUGUCUCAGUGCACGGUGGCCACCCGUACGUGUGGAUGCACCGCUUUCACUCCAUCUCUCAAGAGUAUCCGUCUUCUAAUCAUGACAAGGUUAGUUGUAGUGUGGAUCCGUAUGGACCGUGUCUAGCGACGUAUGACUUUACUCCACCUGUUCGCGGCUUGAUCUUUGGUCGGCACUGUAGCAAUAUGGUGGUCGGGAACCCUGGCACGGGUCAGUUCGUAUUUUUACCUAGAGUCGAAACGACGCAUCAAUGCAUAUUAUGUGUUUUUGGAUAUGAUCCAGUUAAUGAUGUGUACAAAGUGUUGUGCAUGACGGUGGUAACUAAACACACACCUUGUGUUGCUAUGUCGGAGGUGCAUCAAGUGAUCACUGUAGGAGCCAAAGAAAAAUGGAGGAGGGUCGAGUGUAAGUAUCCAUAUCAUCAUUAUCCUGGAUAUCAAGAGAUAUGCAGGGAUGGAGUUAUAUAUUAUUUAGCUUCUUACAAAGGAAAAAAAUCUCUAAUGAGGUUUGAUCUGAGUUCUGAAGACUUUAAUGUUACUAAGCUACCCGAGGAUCAGAAGCUUCAACGGUUUGGUGAGAUGGUGAAUCACACUGGAAAGAUAACCGUAGCGACGACUCUACUAGGAUGUAUUGAUCCAGUUGACCUAUGGGUUCUGGAAGAUGUCAACAAAGAAGUAUGGUCAAAAACUGUUGUCGUGGUGCCUUCUCUUCCAGAAAGAUUUGGAAUGUCUUAUGAGUUCGUGUUCAAGGGUAUACUUGGAACUGGGGAGAUGAUAUUCGCACCGAGGACAACCCCAUCCCCAUCCCCUAACCCGUUUUUUUUUCUUUGUUACAAUCCGGAGGGGGGAAAAUUCAGAAAAAUUGAGAUUGAUGAACUUGUAGAUUACCCUGUGUUUAUCCAAGUCUUUGUCGAUCAUGUAGAGAGUUAUAUGGUUCUGUCAAGGGUAUGUUAAUGUUCCUUAUUAUUGUAAUUGUGACAUCUGAUAAAACAGUUUAUUCAGUCUUUUCAUCAAUGACGUUGUGUGAUUGUGGAUUGUAUAUGCAACUAUGAGUUGAUUCAAGUUUUGGUUUUCGAUUUUUUUUUUUUUUUGGUUUAUAUUGUGACUUAAAAAUAUAUAGCUAUGUAAUGUGGAUAUAUCAAUCUUACAUUCUUACUACUGAUAUGAUUCACAAUUUCACAUACAAUAUAUGGGUCCUCUUUGCUUUGGCCCCAACCAUCCUGUGCACCUUAUAUGCAUGGUAACGGUGUUACUGGCUCCAUAGACUCUGCUAUUGUCUGCUUUCCGAGAUACCAUUGAACAUCUAGAAGCAGAGACCACACACCAUUUGUAUACACUAUGCACAACUAUUUUAGCCAUUAGCCUGCCCCUCCUUGUUCGACAGUAUACCCUCACAUGGCUUCAGCCUCAUACAUUGUUUCCCUGAAUAUGCAUGAUCGAUGUUUCGUACAGGCAUGUGGGACCGGUUUGAUCAACUGGGUUUAGGAUACAUCCGCGAGACAAUGGACUGCCUCACUUUAAAGCAAUUCACGCAGAUGUAAUAUCACCUUGAACACAUUUUUCCAUCUUCUAAUGUCAGCUUGUUCAAGAAUGGUUGUUCUUCAAGAUUGGCUUAUAUCUGUUAAUUAUGUUGAUCAUCAUCAAGACAUACGAAGUGAGUCCACAGUUACUCCUUACCAAAUAUCUUCAUGAUUAAGCUUCAACUUAUAGAUUUUUGCCGAAUACACACACUGGUUUUUCUUAUUACACAUCAGGAGCUUCUUGCUUUGAUCGGCCAUAUUGCAACUCUCAAGACUGGCUUGUCAGAAUAAGUUGUUACACAGUUUCCGAAAACAAGAACCUCUUUGUCAAA